UCACUGCAGUCCGCAGCAGAGUGCAGUAGACUGCAGUCUCUAUCACUCUCCUGCUCCUCCUCUUCUCCUUCUUCUUCUUCCUCCUCCUCUUCCUCCCUGCGCUCCUCUGGCAGGUGGAAAGGACGAACACGGGACACGAACGAUGACUUCCGUCUCAGUCUUGGUGGUUUUGGCCUUCGUGGUUUCAGCAGAAGGAAGUGUUGGACCCAGCACCAACACCAGCUUUUGCACCGAGUCAAAGGAAUGUCUGCAGUAUGAGCUCGUCUGCAAGACGGAUGAAUACGAGGUGCGACAUUACAGCCCGACUCGUUGGGUGUCGACAGACGCAGAAGCUUAUUUCAUGGGCGUGGGAGCAGCCAUGGCCUUCAGGAGACUUUUCCAGUACAUCACCGGAGCCAACGAUGGAGGCAUCCAGAUGGAGAUGACAGCUCCAGUCCUGGUCAAGAUCCCAGAGGAGACCAAGAUGUGGGAGCCGGCUAUUUACACGCUAAACUUCCCGCUGCCGGCAGCUUAUCAGGAGAACCCGCCGGCACCCACCUGUGACAAGCUGUAUUUCACUGAGAUGCCAGAGAUGGACGUGUACGUGAGGAGCUACGGAGGCUGGAUGCUGUCGGUCACGUCCAGGCUUCACACUCGCCUGCUGAGUAAAGAGCUGCAGAGAGUCCGAGCUUCCUACAACAACACGUACCACUACGGAGUCGGCUACGACAGUCCCUUAAAGCUGUUGAACAGGCACAACGAGGUUUGGUACGUGGCCGACGGGGAGCCCAUCUGCACAGAUCCACAGGAACCGACCCCUGCUCACACACUCAGGCCGACUCUGACCAACUCCCCGGCCACCUCAUCUCCGCCUGACCCACUCCCACACACACUCUCCGACUCACCCUCACUUCCUACCUCCAACACGUCCUUGUACACAUCGUCCAACUCCUCCUCCUCCAACUCCUCCUCCUUCAACUCCUCACAGACACCUCACACUGACACACCCACCCUCCCUCCGUCUGACGCUCCUCUCACUCCCACGUCCCGCCUGCCCACUGGCGUCCCCGCCAACCGUCCUCCCACCACUGUGCGCGACCUGCCAGACCCGACCACCAACUCCUCAGACCCAGAGGCUGCGAGCCCGUCUCUGGAGCCCCACUCUGAGGUGGACAUGUGGAACACCACGGCCCACAGCUCUGCAGAGACACAGACUGACAGUAACCCGGUGCUAGAGCCAGAUCACGCUCAUUAACAACCUUCACCUUUUCUCUCUCUAUACGCAGCGGUUUUCCAGGUGUCGUUAAGUUAGAGAAAGGAGACAGAAAGCUAAUUAUUGGCUGCUCGUUUCCUUCAUAUCUCUCUUCUCCUGUGUAUUACACCGAAUCCUCUUUAGUGUUAAACGACAUGUUCUGUCACCGCUUUGCUUCGUGUAUCUGUCACGCAGCUGCGUUUAGGAUUAAGUAAGGUGUCUGCAUUAGUUAGAAAGAUAGAGUACAAUGUGACAACGUGUGUUAAAGAGAGAGAGUUUAAAUCCAAAUAGUUAGACACUGACUAGACUGUGAAGGCAUUAGACAUUUUGGUAGUCAAAUACAUGCUUGUAUCAUCAUUAUUCAGUCAUUUAUGUAUCCAUACACACACACACACACACACACAAGUAUGUUUAAUACUGCAACAUUCUUAACUGACACGUAGGAAAAUCGCUUUGAAAUAACUAUUUCUACAUGUAUCACAAGAAUCGGCAAGAACAAAGAAAACAAUACAAAAGUGGUGUGUAAAAUAUAAAAUAUAAAAUAAUCAACUGUACUAAACCAAUAAACCAUGAAUUUGAAAGUGA